CUACUCAAUCCUUUGCACAUUGCACCUCUGGCCAACAUGGCGGCGACGUUAGGUCGAAUUUGUAAAUCGGGUCUUUUGAAACCGAAUUAUGGCACGCUGAUCGGCCAGACCAGUAACUUCUCCACUGUAAAAGAUUGGCCUAGGGGUCGAAAAGUGUUAUUAACAUGCUUAGGAGUAGCAGCUGGAGGCAUCAGUGCCUUCAUCUAUGCUUUAGAUAGCUCAGUAAGAGCUAGUGAUUUGAUAGCUCAUCCACCGACGUACAAAUGGGACUUUUAUGGAUGGUUCAACUCACUAGAUCAUGCUAGUAUGCGACGAGGAUGGGAGGUGUACAAAAACGUAUGUGCAGCUUGUCAUAGUUUGCAAUAUGUGGCGUACCGUCAUCUCGUUGAUGUUACACACACUGAAGCAGAAGCCAAAGCUCUCGCGGAAGAAGUCAUGAUAGAGGAUGGCCCUAAUGAUGUAGGAGAAUAUUUCAAACGUCCAGGAAAAUUGUUCGAUUACGUGCCAUCGCCAUACCCGAAUGAAGAAGCUGCUAGAGCAGCGAACAAUGGUGCUUAUCCACCUGAUCUAUCUUACAUGCUUAAUGCUAGGCACAAUGGAGAGAACUACGUUUCCUCUUUAUUGACUGGAUAUUGUGAUCCACCAGCUGGCAUAAAUUUGAGAGAGGGACAAUAUUUCAAUCCCUACUUCCCAGGUGGUGCAAUUGGUAUGGCACAGGCUAUUUAUGACGAAGUCUUAGAAUAUGAGGACGGUACUCCUGCAACUGCCUCUCAAGUAUCAAAAGAUAUUACCACAUUCCUAAUGUGGACUGCCAAUCACGAAUUCGAUGAACGAAAACAAAUGACUAUUAAGGGUCUUGGAAUAAUGAUAAUUCUCACUGCUGCUUCAUAUUACCUCAAGAAACACAAAUGGACAACUAUAAAGAGCACAAAAUUAAUGUUUGUCCCUAAAAAGUAUCGUUAGCCAAUGAAAAUUAACACGGUGAUGUUAGCCAUUGUGCUGGUAUCGGAAUGUAGUUUCACAAUUUAAGCAAUGUAUCCGGCAAGUUGUGGCUCCUCUCUGAAGAUUCAAUCUUAUUCAUAUAGCAUUUGACAAGCAAUUAUAUAUAUAAUUUGUCAUCACAAAUCUAUUAAAUUAUACAUUGUACAUAGAUAUACCGAAUGGAGUCAUCGUCUGAUUUAAAUAAAUUGUUAAACAUAAGCAGUGUCUAUUCUUUUAAUGAGAUUGGUGUGUAUACAUGAUGUGUAAUAUACGAUCUUUAGCAA